GUGACCAAAGAAAAUAUGUAUUUGCAAGUUUUGUGGACUUCGAAAAGGCAUUCGAUAAAGUACAGUAUGUAAAAUUAAUGCAAAUAGUGAAAAAUAUCGGAAUAAAAUGACAAGGAUAUUCGUGUCAUUAAAAAUUUGUACAGGAAUCAAACUGCUAUCGUAAAAAUUGGGGAUAACUACACCGAUGAAAUUUUGUCAUUUGUUAAAUGUUCCCCAUUUUGUCGCCAACAUUGUUUAAUGUUAUUUUCUUUGCAAUCACCAUCUCAGUUUAGAACUAAGGCAAAGAAUGGUUACAUGUUAUGUUUGGCUGUACUUUUGUAUAGUGCAGAAGUGUGGAUGCUAAAAGUAUCGAUCAUGAACAAAAUUAAAGCAUUGGAAAUGUGGGUUCAUAGACGAAUGCUAAAGAUACCUUGGACAGCAAGAAAAACUAAUGAAGAAGUACUAAGGAGCGUAAACAAAGACAGAGAACUGAUAAAGACUGUUAAACAUCGAAAAAUGUCUUAUCUGGGACAUAUAGUAAGGGGAAGUCGGUAUAAAAUUUUACAACUGAUCCUUAAAGGCAAAAUAGAGUGCCGUGGAGGUAUAGGAAGACAACAAGUUUCUUGGUAAAAAAACAUUCGUGAAUGGACUCAGAUACCAAAUGCAUGACAAUUAUUCCAUAUUACAGAAGAUCGACAAGCCUUCGCAAUGGUGAUCGCCAACGUUGGAUAGUUCUGAUAUGGCACUCGAAGAAGAGAAGAAGAAACUAGAUU